CCACAACAACUUCUUCCUAUUUACAUUUGCUCUUAGUUUCCCAAUCCCUCCUUUGUGAAAUCAUGUCUCUAUCCGUUCCCAACAACCCCAUUGCUUCAUUGCACCAUCCAAAGCUUUCAACCUCCACCAAGGACGACCAAAGCAUAAGGCACUUAUCCGACGAGACGGUGACCGGCCACAUUUAUACUAAACAUCGUGAGGACGAUAGUGUCAGGAUCGACGUCGAUAAUUACAUUGCACUUGUUGAAAGUAUCAUCUCAACUGCUGACCGAAUCACCGAAACUGUUACUCACGGCACCGAGGGCCGUUUGAUAUUCUCAGACGAUUUUUUGAAGGUCAAUGUUGUUGAUCCACCACUUUGCACCCUUCACAAAGUGUCAAGCCAGCUGUCGUGCAAAGCUCCAGGUAUAGAACAAGCGCACAAAACGACCCUUGACAUUCUUGAUAUAUUGGUAAGCUACUCAUGGGAGGCCAAAGCAGUGCUAACAUUGACUGCUUUUGCGGCUGAAUACGGAGACAUAUGGCACCUCAACCAUUACUCAUCGUUGGAUCCACUCGCAAAAUCAUUGUCAAUGAUCAAGCGAGUUCCUUUGUUGAAGAAGCAAUUGGAGGGUAUGAAGUACCGGCAAGUGCUACUUAGCCCCAACAGUUUGAUCUACAGCUGCUUGCGGGCCAUGAAAUACAUUACCCAACUCAAGAACUUCUCCAAAUAUGAUACCAAAGAACUGUCGGAGUUAUCUUCCGUCCUUCGCCAAAUUCCUUUGGUUUCCUAUUGGAUUAUUCACAUUAUCGUUGCUGCCCGAAUUGAGAUUUCAAGUUACUUGAAUGAGACCGAGGGUCAAUCACAAAAGUAUCUGAAUGAGUUGGCCGAAAAGAUCAACUCUAUACUCAAUAUGCUUGAAAUUCAUCUCAACACCAUUCGGAUACAACAAGAGGAGAUUGAUCUUUAUAGAUGGCUUGUGGAUCACAUUGAUAAUUUUCCCACUGAGAUAACUUUAGUUCUGCCUAAGCUUGUUGAAGGCAAGGUCGAGGCAAAGCCUUUCAUAGAUGGUUCGACUCGAUUGCAGGUUAGUGUUGAAGAUGGUUUGAGAGACAAGAAUGUGAUCUUGUUAAUUUCUGGAUUAGAUAUCUCCGAGGAUGAUAUUAGAGCUCUUCAUUUAGUUUACAAUGAAGUGAGAAAGGAGGAUAAAUAUAAGAUUGUUUGGAUUCCAGUUAUUCAUGAACAUUCUCCCGAACAUUCUCAAGAGGAAGAAGAAGAAGCUCGAAAGAAAUAUGAGUACUUGAGCUCUUUAAUGAAGUGGUACAUUGUGCCAUACACAACAAAGAUUGCAGGUUGGAGGUAUCUUGAGGAGAAUUGGCAACUUAGACAAGACCCAUUGGUUGUUGUUAUGAACUCCCAAUCGAGAGUUGAAUUUACAAAUGCAAUCCAUUUAAUCCGAGUUUGGGGCACUGAAGCCAUUCCGUUCACGAAUGGAAGAACUCAUGCUUUAUUGGAAAAGAAUUGGCCUGAGUCCACCCUUCUAAAAUUUAUUGAGCAACCAAGAUUGCGAAGUUGGGUCAAUCAAGAUAGGGCCAUCAUAUUUUAUGGAGGAAAAGAUCCUAAUUGGAUCCAACAGUUCGAAGAGAAAGUAGUAGAAAUUAAGAACGACCCAUAUAUUAAAGAUAAGGGAAAUACAUUUGAAAUUGUUCGUGUGGGAAAGAAAAUCAAUGAGGUGAAUGAUUUUGCAUUGACACCUCUUUUUUGGAUCACACAAUGGGGUUACUUCGUAAUCAAGAGUCAAUUGAAAGGUUCAAGUGCAGCUGAAACAACUGAAGAUAUCUUACGACUAAUAUCUUAUGAAAAUGAAAAUGGUUGGGCAGUUUUAGCAGUUGGCUCAGCUCCAUUGCUCGUAGGUCGAGGCAAUUUGAUUUUGGGAGUUCUGGAAGAUUUUAACAAAUGGAAAAGAAAUUUGAACAUAGAAGCCUUCCCGGAUGCCUUUAAAGACUACUUCAACGAGUUAAAUCUCAAAUUUCACACUUGUGAAAGAAUGACACUUCCUGGAUUUAGUGGGUGGAUUCCAAUGAUAGUAAACUGUCCUGAAUGUCCUCGCUUCAUGGAGACUGGUAUAAGCUUCAAAUGUAACCACGGGCGCCCUGAGCUCUAAGAUGUCAAGCAUACUUUAUAAAACUAUAUGUACUACUACUAAAUAAUAUGAGGUGAUCCGACAAUAUGGAAUUGUACUAUCUGUAUCGUCAAGUUUGAGCCUGUUAGGCUACCACUAAACUAAACGUUAUUAUUUCUUUUAUUGAUGAAA